AUGGGUUGUUGCCCGUCAUUAUUUCGAAGCCCUCAGCGGCAGACUGAAAAUAUCGAAAACGGCAACGACAAGUCUGUAAACGACACUGCCGCCACCGCAGAUUCCGUAAUCUGCCCGUUGACGAUACCAGACGAACCAGUGUCAGCAUCCGAUAUCACUACCUCGCAGCCCACUGAAUAUGCAGGCUACAGAGAUGCACCGAUUCAACGUUCUACACCACAAGCCCAGGCGCCGCCCGACCCUUCCAUACCAUCCAACAUCGUGGAUGAUAAUCUUGCACCAUGUAAAAACAUGAGACACAGAGUGGCCUUCGAUGUGGACCCAUAUGCCAUUUCGUCUACAUCCAUCACGCGGCAAACAGAUCAUCCUACGUCAUCUGGUGACUUAGGCGAUAUCUGGAAGUGCUCAAUGACCAUCGAUCCAGCAACAUCUACCGAGGUUGCUGUCAAAUCUAUCAGGAUAACGGACAUACGCAAUGAACAAGCCAUCCAAAAAGCGAAGAAGAGACUUCGUCGCGAAGUAGCUGUGUGGAUCAGAUUGAGGCAUGCGCAUGUUCUCACUCUUCACGGCACAGUCUCCGAUUUUGGACCAUUGCCUGCUCUUGUUUCUACGUGGAUGCACAACGGGGCACUUAAUGGAUUACCUGGAGCGCACGAGCCUAACUAUGGAACAGAAACUGAAGCUUUUGAAACAGGUGGUGGAUGGCUUGAGAUAUCGUAUGGGAUCGCCGUUCCAAUUCACGAACAGGAAGUAAUUCAUGGGGACCUGACCAGUACGAAUGUUCUGAUCGACAGCGAUGGCAGUGCAUUUUUGGCAGAUUUCGGUCUCUCGGUGGUUCUCGCAGAGAGUGACAGAUCCGCCAGAAUUGAUCGGACUUACCGGAUCCAGAAAGGCAUUCUGGAUAACGGUGACAGCGAUGUCAACUUCCAGAAACCGAACAGUCACAGCGAUGUAUUUUCGCUCGGUUGCAUCAUGCUACAUGUCUUCUCGGGUAAACUUCCCUUCUGGUGGCUUAGAAAUGUUCGACAGCUAUUCAGUGCUCGGUUCAAGCGCAUAGAGCCAUAUCAGCUCGAACCCAGUGUGACCAUUAGCCACCAGCAUUUGGAUUUCAUGCGGAAAUGUUGGUCAGCCAAGCCUGAGGUUCGUCCUUCCACUGGGGAUGUUGCUUCCUUUGUGGAAGACGAACUGGCGAGGGUCCCCUCUCUCCUGUCCGACUAG